GUGCGCCGGGGCGUGUCUGAGCGUCUACACAAAAGGCGGCAGAAACGGAGGUGCCACACUCUGCCGAGGAUCCCGAGCGAGGUUUUUGGUUCGGCUGGUUUUGGUUGUGCUAGUGCUCCCGCUGUUGCCAAGUAGCCAGGAUGCGGGACGCAGUGUGGAUGGUCAUCACUGUUUGCUGCACCGCGGGUGCCAUCAACGCGUUGGCUUGUGGGAACGUAGCGAUGCGGGGGAGAGCCACCCAGUCCAGCACCGUCUCCAACGGAACUGCGGACAAAGCGAUCGAUGGAUCUCGGGACGGCGACUACCGCCACGGUUCGUGCACCCACACCAAAUCGGAGCCGGAGCCGUGGUGGAGAGUUGACCUGUUCGCACAGGAAAGUGUGCUCUCGGUGAAGAUCACCAACAGGGCCGACUGCUGCUCCGACCGGUUCAAGCACGUGACGGUCCUUGUUGGCAAUGCAUUGAAACACGGCAAAGAAAACCCAGUGUGCGGGACGAUCUCCGAUCUGGGGCCCGGGGAGACCGCCGUCCUCGACUGUCACGGGAUGCUUGGGCGCUUUGUUGACGUGGUGACCGGCCACCACAUUCUGACCCUAUGCGAAGUGGAAGUGUACGCGCGUGAUUGUGGGGCGAGGGGCGAAUGGCGCGCAGUCCAGCAUCGGGCCGUGGCACCUGUUGAUGUCGACACCGACACCGCCAUUGCUGCACCUCCGCUCACAGGCACCGCACUCACUCGCCGGGUAACUGCCUCAAUCCAGCGCAGUGACAGUCGCUAUCUCAUUGGAGAAUGGAAGGCCGGGAGGGAAGAGGGGGAUCUCCCUGUCCGUCUGCUCCUGGUCCAGGCCAAAAUGGCCAUUCGCUGGUCCAGGCAGCGAGUAGUCGACGACCGCACCGGGAUUGGCUGCCUGCCCCUUUUCCGGGCCCACUUCUGUGCCCGCGUGUCCCUGGAGAGGGAACACACGGUUUCCACGAGAACUCUGGAGGCCUUCCGUGAACGCAGCUCGCCGCGGGAGGUCGAGUGUAUUGUUGAUAAUGUGUUGCAGCGCGCCCCCCGCCAGCCCCCGCAGCAGAAGCACUUGUUGACGUCUAUGCAUGGCCCGUGGCCGGGGUUGCAGCGAGAGCACGCCGCUGCCCCACAAUGUUACCCAGAGAUUUCCGCGGCACCAGGUCCCGGCCGGGAUCCGGUGGUGGAACUGUGCCCCGAGGCUCCGGUUCCCUAUGGGACCCGGAUGAAGUCGCGUCGCCUGUUGUUGCUCGCUUCUCUGUGUGUGAUACUGCACCUCAUAAAGGCACAGGAGAACUUGGCUGCUGGAGUUCGAGCUACGCAGUCGACCACUUACAAACACUUCGCUGACCCCAACAACGCCAUUGAUGGGAACCUGGACACUAAUUUCCGGCACGGAUCCUGCAGCAGCACGAGCAAACAGUCCAACCCUUGGUGGAGAGUGGAUCUGCAUGAACAUUACCGCAUCUUCGUGGUCAGCAUCACCGCCUCCAGCCGCUGGGCCCAUAGGCUGUUAGGUGCCGAGAUCCGCAUCGGGGACUCGCUGAUGAACAAUGGAAACAACAACACUCUCUGUGCGAAGAUCAACUCGAUCACCGACGGUCAGACCGCUAACUUCUUCUGCGAGCCACAAGGUGUCCACGGUCGGUUUAUCAACGUCUUCUUGCCGGGGUGCAGGGCUUACCUCAUGUUGUGCGAGGUGGAAGCGUUCGGAAUGCCUGAUCCGCACUGA